AUCUAUUUGAAAUCUAUGGUUUACGCCAUAUUUAUAUUGAUAUUUGCGUUUGCGCGGUGGUCUUGUUCUUCUGAAUCGAUACGAUAAGCAAAUGUAUGGACUGCUAUAGUGUUUAAUCAAUAGUUAUUCAUUGAUAAGGAGUGGAACUGAAGAUGUGAAAUAAAACAGUAGAAAUAUCUACAAUUAUUUUUAAACAUUGACAAAAUGCAUCGUAGAGGCGGGAAACGUAUCCGUAUGGAUGAUCCUCCUCCGGAGUAUGUCAACCCAAUGACACCGGCUACUCCUAUGACUGACUAUGGAGGCCAAUCAGUUCAUGAGCCGGAAACGCCUCAUGCGAAUUAUUCAGGGUUUAAAGUUGGAACAGCAGCCAAUUCUACAGCAAUGGAGACAGCUAGAGAAGAAGUAGACGAGCAUCUGGAAGAUGAAGGUCGGUCUCCAUCGCCGGCACCCACUAAACGCAUUACCAGAAGUCGUGGUAGAGGUGGAGACGGCGGGUACGUGGGCCGUCUGGCGGAGUCGCCGCCGCCGCCACCGCUGCGCAGGCGAGGGCGAGGAGGGCGCGGACGUGGACGCGGCCGGGGCGCGGCGCCACCACCCGCUGCCUCUCCGCCACCUAUUCUUAUGCCUGGCGACGAUGAGAAUAGCCUCUAUAAUAUUUUGAGGUUUAAUAAGGCUGCUAUUAAUCAAGUGGUAGAUAUGUGGAUAGAAGAAUACAAGACCAACAGAGAAAGUGCUCUGGUGCAGCUGAUGCAGUUCUUCAUCAAUUCAUCUGGCUGCCGCGGCAAGGUCACCCCAGACAUGGCAUCAAUGGAACACACACUCAUUAUUAAGAAAAUGACACAAGAGUUUGAUGAGGAAAGUGGUGAAUAUCCUUUGAUAAUGAGUGGACAAACAUGGAAGAAGUUUCGCUCCAACUUCUGUGAGUUUAUCCAGACGUUAGUGAAGAUGUGCCAGUAUUCUAUCAUCUAUGACCAGUACCUGAUGGACAACAUCAUCUCCUUACUGACUGGCCUGUCCGACUCCCAAGUGAGGGCUUUCAGACACACCGCCACUCUGGCAGUGAUGAAGCUGAUGACGGCGCUGGUGGACGUGGCGCUGCUGACCAGCGUGAACUGCGACAACUGCCUGCGCCAGUACGAGGCGGAGCGGCUGAAGGCGCGGGACAAGCGCGCCUCGGAGCGCCUCGAGGUGCUCGUCGCCAAGCGCCAGGAGCUCGAGGAGAACAUGGAGGAGAUCAAGAAUAUGCUCUCCUACAUGUUCAAGUCUGUCUUUGUGCACAGAUACAGGGACACUCUGCCCGACAUCAGAGCAAUCACAAUGGCUGAAAUAGGCAUUUGGAUGGAAAAGUUCCCAGCCCACUUCCUGGACGAUCUAUAUCUCAAGUACAUCGGCUGGACGCUACAUGACAAGGUGGGAGAGGUGCGCCUGCGCUGCCUGCAGGCGCUGCAGCCGCUGUACGAGUGCGAGGAGCUGAAGGGCAAGUUGGAGCUGUUCACCUCCAAGUUCAAGGACCGCAUCGUGUCCAUGUCGCUGGACAAGGAGACGGAGGUGGCAGUGCACGCCGUGAAACUUGUCAUCGCCAUACUGAAGAUGCAUCCGGACAUGCUGGUGGACAAGGACUGCGAGAACGUGUACGAGCUGGUGUACUCGUCGUGGCGGUCGGUGGCGGCGGCGGCGGGCGAGUUCCUCAACGUGCGCCUGUUCCGCAGCGAGGAGCCCGCCGCCCCCCAGCGCUCCCGCCGCGGCAAGGUGCGCCUGCCCAACACCCCGUUGCUGCGCGACCUCGUCCAGUUCUUCAUCGAGUCCGAGCUGCACGAGCACGGCGCCUACCUGGUGGACUCGCUGAUAGACUCCAACCCUAUGAUGAAGGACUGGGAGUGCAUGACUGACCUGCUGCUGGAGGAGCCCGGCCCCGACGAGUUCCGCGCCGACCCCGACAAGCUGGCCAACCUGGUCGCCAUCCCGCAGUACUUCGACCUCGAGCUGUACACCACGCAGCGCCAGGAGGCGAACCUGACGCUGCUGCUGAACAAGAUCCGCGAGAUAGUGCGCCAGCAGACGGAGAGCGAGGUGCUGGAAACGUGCGGCCGCACGCUGGAGUACCUGUGCAGCGAGCAGUGCGCCGUCUACUCGCGCUGCAAGGUGGCGCGCGCCACCAUCACCGACAUGUGCGUCGACAAGUACCGGGAGGCCAUCGACGAGUUCCGCACGCUCAUCGAAGGGGGCGAGACGCCGGACGCCGACGAGCAGUUCAGCGUGACCAACUCGCUGCGCAAGGUGUCCAUCAUGUACAUGUGCCACAAUCUGAACGACAACAACAUCUGGGACUCGCUGUUCGAGGACCUGCCCAAGUGCAUCGACAGGGACGAUCCCAUGCCCAAGCUGGCGCUCGUGUACGUGGUGCGCGCCUGCUUCUACUCCCUGCUGUGGUCGCUGCACGAGCUCGAGGAGCGCGGCACCGGCGCCGACCUGCUGCGCGACCGGCUGCACGGCUACUGCGCCCACUGCCGCGACAUCGUCGCCCGCGGCACCACCGCCCAGCUGCGCGGCGAGGCCUACACGAGCAUCUGCGACCUGCUGAUCCUGUUCGCGGAGCAGCUGCACUCGCGGCACCACCCCGGCGACGAGCGCUACCGCCGCCUCGUCUGCGAGCCCGACACCACGCUCUGCGACCUCCUCAACGACUUCAUACAGGAGUUCGUCUUCGUGCUGCAGUGCUACGAUAACCAAGACGAGAGACGUAUCGAGGAGCUGCACAAGCGGCGCAACUUUCUGGCCGCCUACUGCAAGCUGAUCGUGUACAACGUGAUCCCCAUCCGGCGCGCAGCGGACGUCUUCAAACACUACAUCAAGUGCUACAACGACUACGGGGACAUAAUCAAGUCCACGGUGAGCAAGACGCGCGAGAUGAGCAAGCUGAACUGCGCGCUGACUAUGCAGCUGGCCAUGCAGGCGCUCUUCUCCGACAUGCUGCGCCACCAGCCCGCUCCGCACCGCGCCCUGCCCGACCUCGUCGAAAUCAAGGAGCUGGCGAAGAGGUUCGCGGUGAUGUUCGGUCUGGACGCGGUGAAGAACCGCGAGGCACUGACGGCGCUCCACCGCGCGGGCAUCUCCUUCGCCGCGCUGGAGGGCGCCGGCGCCGGCCCGCCGCCCAACCUGCUCUUCCUCGAGCCGCUCUCUGAGUUCUCCAACAAGCUGCUGCGCCAGGACAAGCGAGCCCCGCUGCGGAAGCGGCGCAGGCGACGCAACCGGCAGCGCGCCGCCAAGCGGGCCCGCCGCCUCGCCGCCGCCGCCGCCGCCACUGCUGCGCGCGCGCCCCGCCGCCUGCACCACGAGCUCGACAAGCUCGCUCCUCCCUGCUCGCCCGACUGCUCGCCCCGCGCCCUGCGCUCCGCCGCCCGCCGCGAACGCUUCAGGUCGCCGGACAGCGGACGCAGCAGCGCCGACGAGGGGGAGCUGCGCGUCGCAGAGUCAGUAUACUUUGAGUAUCCUCUCCAGUAG